ACAGUUUCCAAGAUUUCCUGCCAUAAAGGGGUAGAAGAUCAUGGAGUCGGUUGCUAAGACGAGUUGGUCCAUCUUUCUUGUGGUUCUUACUAUGAAUGGAUUGGUUACAGCUGUACCAGCAUCAAGGAGUCUGGCAGUAGGAAAACCGUCGUCACAGCCAAAUUUAUGGGGUGGACGGACAGACUGGAACGCAGACAAGGGGAACAACGGCAACAGAGACCAAAAUAUCUAUAACAACCAAUGCUUUCAUACAUUGAAUAUGUGGGAGCCCUGGUGGAUGGUCGACCUGCAGGCGGUGUACACGAUCACCCGAGUUGACAUCUACAACCGACUCGAUUGCUGCAUUAAUAGGGCUAGAAAUGUUGAGAUAGCUACAGCAACAGUGAAUGGUCGAUGGUCCAGAGCUGCCUAUCAUUCUGGGGAGAUAGGCAAUUCGAAGUCGUUAGCGAUAAAUAGCGUUAAAGCACGUUACGUUAAACUGACGUUGAAAGGCAUUUCCGAGUACCUGCAACUGUGUGAGGUGGAAGUGUAUGGAUAUAACGAUUAUUGUGCCACAAACCCGUGCCAAAACGGCGGUGCAUGCACGAGUGGUACAAGCAGCUACACGUGCAGGUGUGCAUCUGGAUACACUGGUUCGACUUGCAACCAAGAUGUUAACGAAUGCGCAAGUAACCCAUGUAAAAAUGGUGGUGCAUGUACAAAUGGACGGAACCAAUUCACCUGCUCAUGCGCGGCAGGAUAUACCGGAACUACUUGUAGUCAAGAUGUGAAUGAAUGUUCGAGCAACCCAUGCAAGAAUGGUGCCACGUGCAACAACCUUGUAAACAGAUAUACGUGCACCUGUGCUUCCGGUUGGACUGGAACGAAUUGUGACCAAGAUGUUAACGAAUGCGCAAGUAACCCAUGUAAAAAUGGUGGUGCAUGUACAAAUGGACGGAACCAAUUCACCUGCUCAUGCGCGGCAGGAUAUACCGGAACUACUUGUAAUCAAGAUGUGAAUGAAUGUUCGAGCAACCCAUGCAAGAAUGGCGCCACGUGCAACAACCUUGUGAACAGAUAUACGUGCACCUGUGCUUCCGGUUGGACUGGAACGAAUUGUGACCAAGAUGUUGACGAAUGCGCCAGUAGCCCUUGUCAAAAUGGCGGAGCGUGUACAAAUGGACAAAACAGAUUUACAUGCGCAUGCGCGUCAGGAUAUACCGGAACUACUUGCAAUCAAGAUUUCAAUGAAUGUGCUAGCAAUCCGUGCCUGAACGGUGGAGCAUGCGCAAAUGAAUUCAACAAGUUCACCUGCACAUGCGCAGCGGGUUAUACCGGAACCACAUGCAGUCAAGAUAUCAAUGAAUGUGCGAGCAACCCUUGCAAAAACAGCGCUGUGUGUACCGAUCAGGUGAACGGAUACACGUGCACGUGUACGUCUGGGUGGCAAGGAACGCAUUGUGAUCAAGAUGUGAAUGAGUGUGCCAGUAAUCCAUGUGUAAAUGGUGCGUGUACAAAUGGACGUGACAGGUUCACAUGCUCGUGCGAUCCUGGAUAUACCGGAACUACAUGCAAUCAAGAUAUAAACGAAUGCGCGAGUAACCCGUGCCAGAACGGAGCGGUAUGCAACGAUGCUGUGAACGGGUACACGUGUUCGUGUGCUGGCGGAUGGACUGGCACACACUGCGGUCAAGACAUUGAUGAAUGCGCAAGCUCUCCGUGCAAAAAUGGUGCCGCUUGUACCAACGGACAAAACAGAUACACUUGCACGUGCACAGGAGGUUGGACUGGGACAGAUUGCGAUAUAGAUAUCAACGAAUGUGCAAGUAACCCGUGCCAGAAUGGUGCCACGUGCAACAAUGAACAAAACAGAUACACGUGUACAUGUGCCGGCGGUUAUACCGGCACGAACUGUGACCAGGACAUUGACGAAUGCGCGAGCUCUCCGUGCAUGAAUGGGGCAGCGUGUAACAACCUCUUGAAUGCAUACACUUGUUCUUGCACUGGUGGCUGGCAGGGGACAAACUGUGAUCAAGAUAUCGAUGAGUGCCUGAGCAACCCGUGCCAAAAUGGUGCCACGUGCAACAAUAACCAGAACAGCUACUCGUGCACGUGCGCUGGUGGAUGGACCGGAACAGACUGUGAUGAAGAUAUCGACGAAUGUGCCAGUUCCCCGUGCCAGAAUGGCGCCACGUGCACAGAUUUUGUAAAUUACUACACCUGUGCAUGUACAGGUGGUUGGCAAGGCGCUAACUGCGAUCAAGAUAUCGACGAGUGUGCGAGCAGUCCGUGCAUUAAUGGCACGUGCUCUAAUCUUCAGAAUGCAUAUUCUUGCACGUGUUUCCCAAAAUACACUGCAAGAAAUUGUGAUUACUUGAUCGGGACACCAAUGGAUGGCAACUGGGGCUUGUGGCAGUCAUGGCAGGGCUGUAGCGUAACAUGUGGCUCAGGUGUGCAGAGGCGGUAUCGAGCCUGUGACGACCCUCCACCGGAUUACGGUGGCGCUCCUUGUGUCGGGGAUUCCUUCGAGUCGAAUGUUUGCUCUGGUUCGGGCUCUUGUACAGCUAAGAUUGACGGAAACUGGGGGGGGGGUCACGCUGUUCAUGAGCCAAAAGUUGGCCAAAAAAUGUACAAGGCCUGUCCUAACGGUUAUUUCACCUGCGCUACUGGUUCCGUGACCUGCAUUCAGGACAUGUUUGUGUGUGAUUGUUUCGGUGACUGUGACGAUUCUGUGUGA